AAAUCGCCUCUGUUUAGAGCUGCGCAGUUGUUUUUCAACAUGGCGUCUUCAAGCUCUUCAAAAGAAGCAAAGGAAAAAAGGGGAAGCUUUGGUUUUGGUCAUCCAAAUUUCUCCCAGACAAGGAUGGUGUUGGUUGGCAUCACUGGAGCAGGUAAAAGCUCUUCUGGAAACACCAUCCUGGGCAGAAGUGUCUUCAGAGCUGCAGAAAGUGGUUCAUCUGUAACCAAAGAGUGUAGUAAAGUGACUGAAAAUGUGGCAGGGAGAGAAAUCACUCUGGUAGAUACACCAGGCAUGUUUGACACAGAUAUUUCCGAGGAAGAGGUUCUAACACAGAAGAUCAGUAAGUGUUUAAAUAUGACGGCACCUGGACCUCACGCCAUCCUCCUGACCAUUCAGAUCGGUCCAUUUACUGAAGAGGAGAAACUCUCCGUGGAGAAGAUCAGAGCCAUAUUCGGAGAAGAAGCAGAUAAACACACAAUCGUCCUCUUCACUCACGGUGAUAAACUGAAAUGCUCUAUUGAGGAACACAUCAGAGAAGCCAGCGAGGACCUGAAAGAAAUCCUGAGAUGCUGUGGGGGAAGAUAUCACGUCUUCAACAAUGAAGACAUGGAGGAUCGUAAUCAGGUUGUGGAGCUGCUGGAGAAGGUAGAUGCCAUGGUCCAAGCUAAUGGAGGAAAAUAUUACACCAAUGAAUCUUACCAGGAUGUGGAGCGCAUGCUGAAAACUAAAGAAGAGGAACAUAGACGAGAAUAUGAGAACAAAUUACAAGAGAAAGAAAGAGAGCUGGAGGGCUUAUUUCCUCAACAGAAGCCGAAGCGGUGGAAAAGAUUGAACGAGUUCAAGCGUUAUUAUGAGGCAAAGCUUCGAGAGUUCAGACUGAAGGAUGAACAGACUUAUACUAAUGAUAAUAUACUGAUAAAGAUCAUUCAAAAGUUAAAAGGCCUCAAAGUCAAAUUUUAGUCAAAUGUGGGUUAUAUUUUCAGGCUUAAAAGGACUAUGCAGAGUGUAUAAUAUGUAAAUAAACAUUUGCUGAAUUCAAUUAUGACACUAAAUUAUGUGAUAAUAUUUGAUGUCUUUGCAGAUGGGAAUCAUUAAUCAGUUUUAUGAUACUGUUAUACAACUGAACCCUAUAUUACUGUUGUCUUUUGAACAAGACAACACAUUUUUUUAUUAUUGUAGUG